AUGUCAGAACCUGAGAUUUCCAAGGCCUUACCAAUAACAACACUUAUACUGAGAGUAUUUGCAAUGCUUUUGCUCUUGACAAGUGUUAUUAUUCUUGCAACCGAUUCUGCCACAUUUAAAGCUCUUUUAUCAUCGCAAGAAGUCACAAUGCGUCUCAAGUAUAUUUACUCGUACAGGUAUAUGCUAUCUGCAGCAGUGAUCGGAAUAGCAUACACAUUUUUUCAAUUACCAUUUGCAAUCUACCAUAUAAGCACAGGGAAACGCCUGAUAAAAAAUGUUGCUGCAAUUUAUUUCGACUUUUUCAGCGAUAAAGUGAUAUUAUGCUUCCUGGCUAGUGGGGUUGGAGCAGGAUUUGGAGCAACUUAUGAUCUCAAGGAAAACCUUGAUCAGCUUGAUGAUAUUUUUAAAAAACUGGGUUCCAAUUUGCUAUCAGAAUUCAGAACCCAAAUGGAUGAUUUCUUUACUAUGGGUUAUGUCUCUGCAACUCUUCUUCUCUUGGGUUUUCUUUGCUUUGGAGUGUCCUCACUUUUAUCAUUUCUGACCCUAUUCAAAAGAGCCCAAAACUGA